AUGGAUGGCAUAUUGGAAUUUCUAAGAAGAAAUAAAUUUACAAAAGCUGAGGCUGCAUUGUGCAAUGAGCUGUAUAAUAGACCAGAUUUAAAUGGGAUUCUUCAAAAGCUUACGCUUGAAGAUAAAGCAUCAGGUAGUAUGUGUGAAGAAGCAAAUGGGGGAAAAGUAAUCGAAGAAGAUAGAAAGAUGACCAUUUUGCCAGUUAGUGGAGAAGGUGGUGAGGAGCCAACAAGUUCUCCAAGUAGUGUGGAGGUUUCUAAGGAGCUUAUUGUGAAGGAGAUAGAAUGUGGAACAGGGAGAAAUGGGCCUGAGAGCAAUUGGAAAGGCAGUAGUUAUCUGGCAGAGCAGAGCAAGGUUAAUGAGUCGGUCAAGACGAGAGAUAAGAACUUUACCUUUUCCAAGGGUUCAGAUGAUACUGUGCUUGAUUUGUAUUCGGGGAAGUACAAUCCAGGCAAUGGUCCUUCUUAUCAGAAUGAUAGUGAAAAAAACAUCUCAGGCUUUCGUGAUUCUGGAAAGUCUAGGAUGAAUUCAGCUGAGAUUCUUGAUAGCGGCAAAUUUAAUGCAAAAUCAGGGGAAGAUGUUAGUAUUUCUGGUGAAAAGAACGUGUCUUGGCCAGGGAGUACUAGUAAAGCUAGUGCGGAAACAAGGCAUGAAUGGAGUGACAAGAGUCAACUAAAGGAAGUUGAUCAUCAGCAAAAGCUUAGUGGAGCCUGCUCCAAAGACAACCUUGUGGAUAAUCCCUGGUCUCUAAGUGAUGAAUCAUCCCAUCCAUCAUCAGAGAUGUGGAGAAAUUGUUCGGUCAAAACUGUUUUCCCCUUCUCCAAGGGUGACACAUCAGUCUGUUAUGAUAGUGCUCCCAGUAUUGGCGGUAAAAAAGAGGGAAAAAGAAAAACAGAACUCAGUGAUAUUAGGACAGUGAUUAAGGCACAAGUGGAUGAGGUGGGAAGAGCUCUGUACUUUGGGAAGACUCAAGGAGGUGAGCCAAAAGAUUUUAAUGCAUUGGAUUUUCAACUCACAUCUGAGAAUCAGAAAGAAGAGCUACCGAGGUUACCACCAGUGAGACUCAAGUCAAUAGACAAGUCCCUCAAUAUUCACUGUGACGAGAAGUUCGAAAAUGAACAUGGUCUGAAGAUCACGAGUGCUGACAAUGCAUAUCUCAUAGGUUCAUUUCUGGAUGUGCCUAUCGGACAAGAAGUUAGUAAAAAGACUGGAGGUGGUAGUUGGCUCUCGGUAAGUCAGGGUAUUAUUGCUGAGGAUUCUUCUGAUCUUGUUUCUGGUUUUGCAACCAUUGGUGACGGAUUGAGUGAAUCUGUUGACUACUGGGACUCUGAUGAAUAUGACGACGAUGAAGAUGUUGGCUACAUGCGACAACCUAUUGAAGAUGAGACUUGGUUUUUAGCACAUGAAAUUGAUUACCCAAGUGACAAUGAAAAGGGGACAGGGCAUGGGAGCGUUCCAGACCCUCGUGAGCAGGGUCAAAAUAAGGAUGAUGAAGAUGAUCAAUCAUUUGCAGAAGAGGAUUCCUACUUCUCCGGUGAGCAGUAUAUCCAAUCAAAAAACCUUUCUCCAAUUAUACCUUCAGGUGAUCCUACUGGACUGUCAGUGACUGAAAUUUACAGAAGAAAUGAUGAGAAUGACUUGAUCACCCAAUAUGAUGGACAGUUGAUGGAUGAAGAGGAACUGAAUUUGAUGCGUGCGGAGCCGGUGUGGCAGGGCUUUAUCACGCAGUCAAACGAACUCAUCCUGCUCAGGGAUGGAAAAGUUCUGAAUGAGUGUGGAAGGCCUCGUCUAGAUGAUAUUUGCAUGGAUGAUGAUCAGCAUGGUUCUGUCAGAUCUAUUGGUGUGGGGAUUAACGGUGACACUGCUGAUAUAGGUAGUGAAGUGAGGAAAAGUUUGUUUGAAGGUAGUAAGGGAGACUUUGAGUACUUCCACGAUCAUGAUAUAAAUAUUGGUAGGUCUACACACUCACAGCAUGAUCCAGGUAAUAAUUUCGGCGAACAAACAAGUAAAGGGAAAAACAGAACCAAUAAACAUAACUCCAGUGAAAAUAUAAUGAGUGAUGAUAGGGGUACAUUUGCACACGCAAAAAAUCACGCAGAUGGAGGCUUUUCAUUUCCUCCUCCUAGAGAUGGGCAGUUGGUGUCAACAAGCUCGGGUAAAUCUUUGUUGUCAAUCAAUGGCAACAUUGCUGUCAGCGAUAAAGCUGAUGAUAAUGCAGUGUGUAGCAAUGACAUGCUUGCUUCAAGGAGGCAAAAUAGCAAUGACUCUUCGCCUGCCACGAAUUCAAGGGACGAAAACACUGCUAAUGCUGUAGGAUCAUUGAAUUCUAGUCCCUCAUCUCUUUCAAAUUAUGGGUAUGUCGAGAGAGAGCAUGUAAAGAGACAAGAGGAUACAAAAACAUCAAGUGUAAGAGAAGAUCCUAGGGGAUCUUUGGAGGAUGAGGAGGCUGCUGCCGUUCAAGAGCAAGUGAAGCAGAUAAAGGCACAAGAGGAAGAAUUCGAAACCUUCAAUCUUAAGAUUGUCCACAGGAAAAACAGAACUGGCUUCGAGGAGGACAAAAAUUUCCAUGUUGUUUUAAAUUCUGUAAUUGCUGGGCGCUAUCAUGUCACUGAAUAUCUUGGAUCAGCUGCUUUCAGUAAAGCUAUUCAGGCACAUGAUCUUCAUACUGGCAUGGAUGUCUGCAUGAAGAUUAUAAAGAACAACAAGGAUUUUUUUGAUCAGAGCCUUGACGAGAUAAAACUUCUCAAGUAUGUGAACAAGCACGAUCCUUCUGACAAGUACCACAUUCUUCGGUUGUACGAUUAUUUUUAUUAUCGAGAGCACUUGUUAAUUGUAUGCGAAUUGCUGAAAGCAAACCUAUAUGAGUUCCACAAGUUUAAUAGAGAAUCUGGAGGCGAGGUCUACUUUACAAUGCCAAGACUGCAGUCGAUUACUAUUCAAUGUUUGGAAGCACUUCAAUUCUUACAUAGCCUUGGCCUCAUACAUUGUGAUUUGAAGCCUGAGAAUAUUUUGGUGAAAAGUUACAGUAGAUGUGAAGUGAAGGUCAUUGAUCUGGGAAGUAGUUGUUUCGAAACAGAUCAUCUUUGUUCAUAUGUUCAAUCUAGGUCCUAUCGUGCACCGGAGGUUAUUCUGGGACUUCCAUAUGAUAAAAAGAUUGAUAUCUGGUCACUUGGCUGCAUCUUGGCAGAACUAUGCACUGGAAAUGUACUCUUCCAAAAUGAUUCUUCUGCAACUUUGCUUGCUCGGGUUAUUGGAAUCAUAGGCCCCAUUGACCAAGAGAUGCUUGUUAAAGGACGAGAUACAUAUAAGUAUUUCACAAAAAAUCACAUGCUUUAUGAACGGAACCAGGAAACCAAUCGACUGGAGUACUUGAUUCCCAAAAAGUCAUCCUUAAGGCAUCGGUUGCCAAUGGGAGACCAGGGCUUCAUCGAUUUUGUUGAUCAUCUGCUCGAGAUAAACCCCAAGAAGCGCCCUUCAGCUUCCGAGGCUUUGAAACACCCAUGGCUACAAUACCCUUAUGAGCCAAUAUCAUCUUGA